GUCGCGACCACCAUUCUUCCUAUUUCGAGCGCCUUCUUGCGAGGUUCAAGGGCAGAAUUGCAGCAGUUUGGCUCCAUCCACACACUGCACUCGCUCUAGCCCUUCUAAGACGCCGGCGUCAUCAGCAACCUGGACGAGUCGGGCCUGCUUCACGCGCACGAUUUGCACGACGAAGGGCGUCCACCCCGUGUCUGCUGAAAGACCGCCGAAGAGCGCGCCUCUUACUUUUGAGGCGCACGUCACCAACCGCGACAGCCCCAGCUUAUCGAUUGAGUCUCAUUGCAUGGGCAGACUGUCCUCCUUAGCAGUGUUGGAAUCAGCCAGCCAGCGGCGCAGCUUGCCUCAAGCACGUCGAUCGCCACCGCGUCACCGCCUCGUCUCCCUCUCGCCUCUUUCACCACGCCAUGGCACCCCCAAGGCCUCAUCAUCACGUCGCCCAUCACCACCACAACCACGGAGGAAGCUCGUCAGGUGGUGGUGGCUCUCCCUUUCCUCCGCUCGGAAUGGCCGCCUCGGGAACUGUCUCGGCGGCGUUUCACAACGGGCCGUCGAACAACACUGCCUCGGGAGUAGAGACAUCUGCGGGGCUACCGCCAGCCCCGGCAAAGGUCGAUACCAACCAAGCUCAGGAGUACCGACUGCAGGAUGCUUAUUGGAGCGACGAGGAUGAGACGAUGGAGUGCCCACUUUGCUUGGAAGAGAUUGACAUCUCAGAUGCCAACUUCAAGCCUUGUCCCUGCGGCUACCAGAUCUGUCGUUUCUGCUGGCAUCAUAUCAAUCAGAACUUGAAUGGUCGCUGCCCGGCUUGCCGACGAAAAUACACCGACAAUGCCGUCGAAUUCAAGCCCAUGACGGCCGAGGAGAUCAAGCGGCUGUCACAGGCGAAAAAGCAAAAGGAAAGAGAGAAGAAGGAGCUGGAGCAGAUGAACCGAAAGCAUCUGGCCAAUGUUCGGGUGGUGCAAAAGAACCUCGUCUAUGUCGUCGGUCUAGAUCCAAAGCUGGCGAGGGAGGAGCUCAUUCCCACACUUCGAUCCAACGACUUCUUUGGGCAAUAUGGGCGCAUCUCUAAAGUUCUCAUCUCCAAGAGGACAACGGCAUCAAAGCUGAUGAUGGGGACCACUGAGUCGGCCAUUGGCGUGUACGUGACGUAUGUGCGCAAGGAGGACGCAGCGCGAGCCAUCAUUGCCAUUGAUGGGAGCAAGGGCCCGGACGGCAAGACGAUCCGCGCGAGCUAUGGAACGACAAAGUACUGCACGACGUACCUUCGCAACUUGCCGUGUACCAACGCCAUCUGCACCUACCUUCACGAGCCUGGCGAAGAAGCAGACUCGUUUACAAAGGAAGAUCUCACGACGCUGCGCCACGCCGCAAAGGACGCCGAGAGCAGAGGUCGAUUGACAACACCCGCCCCGGCAUCGUUUGCUGCAGGCCACAAGGCGCAUCAAAACGCGCACGUGGACCAGGCAAACACACAACAACAGCAGUCCUCGCCCGUUGCUUCGUCGGCUUCUGUCAAUCUCUCCUCUCUUGCCCCUGCCCCCGAUUCUGUGGAGGCAUCUGCGCUGCCAAAGACGGCGUCAUGGGCGUCGAGCAAGCCAGGCGGUGCGCCUCCGCAAGCUUCAUCGAUUGCUCAGCACAAUGCCAUCCGGGACUCGGAUCUCCCCACCUUGUCAGCAUCCAUGGCAAGGCGAGAAAGUGGAACGCAGCAGCAACGAGCAUCGCCAGCCAAGCCAAGCAUCCCCACAGCACCCAAAGGUCGGACUGCUCCUCGACCGGGAUCGCCUGCUCCAUCAUCGCCGGCCGCGCAAGUGCCCCCGGGUCUGGCUGCAAAGCCACCGCCUGGGCUAGUGCCAAAGGGGCCCAGCGCCAUGCAGCGAGGGCGUUCAGAAUCAGUCGAGCCGCCAGCGAUGGCUGCCGUACCUGCUUCCAACAGUGCUUCAGCGCCCCCUCCCGGUCUCGCCAAAGUGGCCAGCAACGGACCUCCGCCUGGACUGCCAGCUCCCUCGCGCUCUGCAACGCCAUCGGGAGAGCCAGUACUGUCUGCGCCAUCUUCGACGUCGACGAGUGCAUCCCCUCCUUCGUCUUACCAGCCCUCGUCGACGGCACAGGCACUCCUGGAUGACAUGCGAGCCCGCCGCGAAGCUGAAGCCGACCGGCCACAGAAGUCGGCCUUUUCCGACCUGGAUGCGGUCCUACAGUCGUUUCAGGAUGGUGCAGGUUUCAGCUUCACUUUCGAAGAGGACAGGCUGGCCGACAAGAUGGGCACCGACGAGGACAGGGAGAACGAGGGCUACCUGGGCGCUUUUGCUCCGUUUGCAGGCGUUCCCUCACCUGGCGUUCAGCCAUUGUCGGUCCUUGGACAUGUUCCUGGCCGGGGAAUGUCUGAGCCUCCCACCUACUCAGGCUCGUUCGACCCCUUUGCUCCCGGGGCUGGUGAGAGCAUCGAAGAGUCGCCAGAGGAGCAAAGCAAGGCGUCUCCCUUUGCAGCCAUCGAUGAGAUGCGGAGGACCCUGUCGGAUGAACGCAAGGAAGCGGAAGAGGCGGCAGUCGAAGAAGAGAGGGAAUCAAGAGAGGACGAAAGCCAAGCGGACAGCCCAUCGAAGGGUGCAUCGCGAUUCGGCUUUGCGCGAAGGCCAGACUCGGAGACGUUCGUGGGCACACCGAGUGGACCACCGUCGUUCAAGACCCACGACGAUCUGUUGGGCUUUGUCAGGGGCGGUGCCGCGGCGUUGACGAGCAAUGGUCACGCACAGCAGGAUCAGGCAGCACUUCAGUCGCAGCAGCAGCAGCAGCAGCAGCAGCAUCCGCCACAUAAUGACGGACAGCCUGAUGUCAGCUGGCUCCACGCCGACAAUCGCGCUUCCUACGGCAACGCUGGCAAUGUUGCAGCAGCGAAUCGAAACGCGUACAAGAGCAUGCAGGCCAAUGUGCACGGGCAACAGCAGACACGACCUGGUUCGUCCUCACUGGCUAUGGGCAAUGGGCACUUCGGAUUGGGCGUGAACCGAAGCUUUGGCGCAGGCACUCCGCCUCCUCCUGGCUUUGGGCCGAGGCAGCAAAGCGGUGGACCGCCCGGUCUGAUGUUGCAGCAGCAGCAACAGCAGCAGCAUGUCAACGGUAAUGCUAGCAACGACUUCCUGGCGCAGCUACAGCGUGGCUCUGCUCAAGGCCAGGCUUCGCUGCAUCAUUUGCACCAGGCUCAGACGCCCUCAUCGAUGGAUCAGCGAAUGAAUGGUGGCUACUUCGGUCGGGACCAAUCGGCCAGCAACAGUGUUGCGACCGGAAGCUCCAACGAGCCUCCGUUUGCCCAGCUGGUCGCUGCCGCUGAAGCUCGCCGGGCUCAGAGCAGCUACACGGUACACAAGAAUGCCAGCCAGGGCGGUGGCGGCAUCGAUGGCAUGCCAUUUUCGGACCCUGCCAUCAUGUCGUUUGCGCGUCAACAGCAGCAACAGCAUCACCAGCAACAGCAGCAGCAUCACCAGCAGCAGCAGCAACACCACCAUCACCAUCAACAGCACCAGCAGCAGCACCAGUCCCAACAGGGACAGCACUUUGGUGGUGGUGGUGGUGGUGGAUUUAGCCCUUUCGAUAGCCAGCAGCAGAUGAGCAACCAGCAUUUGCCGUCCUGGGGUGGUCAGGAGCAGCAGGCGUCAUGGAACGGACCGUUUGGCAGCCACCAGCCGUAUUCUUGAUUACUUUGUGUUUUCGGCCAGCUACGCAGGCAUCCUUUCCGAGCGGCUCGAUUGUUGCCAGCCAAUCAGCCCGGGUGGACAGCUGCUUUAUCCCUCAUCUACUUACUCUUCCCCCUUGACUUCAUUUAUUCCUUCAUCGUCUCUGUUUUCCUCGUUGACAUCUUUUCCUGAAAUAUGAUUCGUGACAAGAC